AUGCCGCGAUGCUUGGCCUUAAGCCUUAAGCCCUCUGCUAGGGGGGUCCUGGGGCGUCUCGGGAUGCAACCCUCCAGCCUUGCUGUUUUCAGAGGGCUCGGGUCUGAUGCACGAGAUGCCGGCAAGAAGCCGCUGUCAGCACGUUUCGGGUUUCGACGCUUCUGGGGCUGCCAUGAGGGUCUCGGCCUCACUGCCUUGGGGCUGUGCUGGCGGCGUGUGAGAGCAAAGCAGCCUCCGCGCGCCGCGCGAGAAGGAUGCCAAGCUGCGCUUCACGCUUCGCAUCUGAAAGAAAUCCAGGAGCUUCUGCAGCCGAUGAUCAGCGAGAGGCGACUUGACAGGGCAAGAAGAGUCUUGCAAAAGAGAACUCAAGCCGUGCGGCUGGUCUUUCUGCGGCAAAAGCCAGCUGACGUACUCGCGGCUCUUCGGACCAUGGAUCAGUUCUCACUUCAGUUUGCCGAGAUCAUCGGCGAGCUGGAAGACGACUUAGAGAAGCCGGGCGAUACAUCCGGAGGAUCCCGGAACUUCGUCACUGUGCGCCAGUCGCCGGACCUGCAAAGCUGCACCCAGUCCCUGCGCAAGGCGGGCCAUCUCUGCGUGUGUCUUCGCGGUGGCGCUGUGCUCUCGGCCGAGGGUCUUCAGACGGAGGCCUCCCUGGCUUCGCUGAAAGUCUGCGAGAGGAGGCCGCCAAAGCUCGCCGUUGUCUUCGGAGAAGAAGGCGGAGUCGAAGAGGACCGCAAAAAUUACGACAUGCAGGUUUCCUUGCCUCAGCGCGGAUUCGCGUGUGGCCUCUCUCUGAAUGUCACCGUGGCCAUGGUCCUCGUGCACCUCAGGUGUGCCGGCCUUCUGAGCGGGCACUCGCUGUCCUCUUGGCAGCGCGACCUGCUUUGGACUCAGUGGUUGGUGGAACUCCAUGGCCGCGAAAGCUCAAUGGCUCUUCUGCAAGAGCGAGGUCUGGCCUGGCAGGUCGAGUUGCUUUCCGAGCUGGUGCAAGAAAGACCCAAAGACAACGAGCUUGUGCCCUUUAUGCUGUGA